CGGGACCAAAACUUAGUUUGAAGUGUUUCUCGCCACGUACUUCUCUAAAAAUUGUGUGGCAGCAUUCCACAGACCCCAGGUCUUCAGUUCUAACUCGGCAACCGGUACAUUCGUCCAGUCAUGGCUUCCCUCAGUGCCGCAGAAUUACAGAAACGGCACGCACUGGAAGGCGCGCCUGAUCCGUUCCCCAGUCUCAACGAGCCUGAACAAACCAGGAAGCUCAAACAACCCGUUCAGGUGAAUGGUGAACUGCUGGACCAAUCGGAAAUUUCAUUUCCGUCUCUUGUGCCUGCACCGUCUGCUGCCAGAACUCAAAAAGCCCCCGCGUCCCAAUGGGCAUCAGGUACUGGGGGAAUCAAACGGCUUCCUGUUAUCCACGUCCCUGUCUUCGCGAGUCUCAUUACUCUUCCUCGGGUUGAUCUCUCACGUAUUGGCACUGCUGGAAAACCAACUACACUCGGAGUUGUCGUGAAAGAGGUUAUGGCUAAGACAAAAACGAAGAUUGAGGCUUCCAGCCAGAGAACUACUGGUGCUACGACGUUCCAUGUUAAGGGCGAAUCAGAGCUCGCAGUCGAAACUGCCACAAAGCAAAUCACAGCCUCCCUCAGUCCCCAUGUCACGCUCAUUAUAGAAGCACCCCUUUCUACUAUUGGUACAAUUAUUGGUCCUAAAGGCGCUACGCUGAACAAAAUUCGUGAGGAUACGGGUCAUUCUGUUAAAGUGGACAUUCCUCGUCGCGAUCCUACUCAGGUGGACGCGUCCGUCGCUGCUCUUGACGAUGAGGAGCCGACACUCCGCAUCACAAUAACGGGCCCCGGCCCAUUGGCAGAGGAAGUCCGUUCUGAGAUCACCGCAAUCAUCGCGACAAAGAAGUCUAAGUCUACGCAGCGUGUUCGCGAUGUGCCCGUUCACAUUGUUCCCUUCGUUGUGGCUAGACUUUCGGACUAUCAACAUGAUGAGAUCACCGUCACCGUGAACCAGCCUCUUCGUGAAGUUAUUGUUAGUGGCGAACGCGAGGCUGUUGUACGCACCAUCGCAAAGGUCAAAGAGGACGUCAAUGGUUGGGAUCAGUCACUUGAAAAUGUUCUCCUCUCAAUUCCUAAGCGUCAACAUCGCCUCCUGGUUGGUGUCGGCGCACAGGAGCUCAUGAGCAAGACACACUGUGCCGUUAUUCCCACCCCGUUUGAUGAGCCCGGUGAUUCUGUGACUGUGUGGGGCAAGUCUGACGACAUACCAUUGGCUCUUGGUACAGUAUACGAGACGGCUCGUUCGAAGUAUUCCAGUGGGGUUGUCCUCCCAGGUCCGAUUUCCCAUGCAAGUCAAGUGCAGACGUAUCUCACUCGGUCCGCGUAUCUCAAGAAUUUGUCAUCUUCUCACCCUGAUGUCUCUGUCUACGUCACAUCCACUGCCCUAGCUCAAAAGACGAACAGCGUGAAUAUCGACUUUUUUGGCGACAAGGCUGAAGUGGACACAGUUGUUAAUGACCUGAAUGAGCUCAUUCACAAGCUCGAAGGCGCCCUACGUGAAGUUGACAUCGAUUGGCUAGUCCACAGGACGCUAAUUGGGAAGAACGGCAUGAAAAUCAAGCAAUUCCAAGAGCAGCACAAUGUUCUCUUGUUCUUUCCAUCAGAGUCUUCCGAGUUAUCCAAAGUAUUGCUGGUUCAUGAUCCUCUGACGCUUUCACCCGCGGCGCCUACCACGACUCAGAAGCAGGGCCAUCUUGAUGAUGUACAGAAGGAAGUGCUCAAGCUGGUGGCUGAUUAUUCAGACGUCAAGAGCGAGACGAUUCAGGUUGAGCAAAAGUGGCACUCUGUGAUAAUUGGAAAGAACGGCACUACACUCAACGCCGUUAUCGGGGAAGAGAAGAUUCUUUCCAUCAAGGUUGGUGCUCAGGUAAGGCCCAGUCCCGAUGCUACUCCCUUGGGACAAGACGACAUCCAGAUCCGCGGACCUUCCUCGGAGGUUGACCGGGCCAUUCGUGAGAUUCGCGAGAUCGUCCAGAAGGCAGAGCAGGAUGAGAUUGACAAUGGUUAUACCCUCGAAUUUGACUUCCCUCGGGAAUAUCUUGGGCGUAUCGUUGGCACUGGAGGUGCCCUCGCAAACAAGCUUCGUGAGAUGCUUGGCAUUUCUCUUGACUUCUCAGACGAUAACGAAGAGGAGACGGACAGCAAAUCGAAAAAGAAGAAGCCUAUUGCCAAGUGCCAUGUCAAAAUCGUUGGUCGCAAGGAGAACGCCGAAGAAGCCAAGAAGCGAAUUCUUAAUCAAGUUGAGAAGCUCGCCGACGAGACUACCGAGAUAUUAAAGAUCCCCCGUUUCAUCCACGCAGGACUAAUAGGACCUAGCGGCAAAUAUGUUCUCCGCUUGGAGGAAAAGCAUUCGGUUAAGAUAAUGUUCCCUCGGGAGUCAAGGGAUAACGAGGAUGGUGGCUCUGAUGAGGCGAAGGCUGCCCGACCUCGCGAGAAUUUGAGACUCGAUGAAGUUCUCUUGAGGGGUGGAAAGAAGGGCGUAGCCAGUGCCAAAGCCGAGAUCAUGGAGGCUGUUGAGUACGAGAAAGACCAGAAUCAAACUCUAUCGUUCACUGUUCCAACUAAGGCUGUCUCUCGAAUCCUUGGUAAAGGGGGUGCUCAAAUCAACUUGAUCAAGGACGACACUGGCGCCCAGGUGGAUGUCGAAAAGGCUGAAGGAAAUGAAACUCUGGUCACUGCUCGAGGAUCGAAGGAAGCAGUCGUGGCUGCGAAAGAAGCUAUCCUGGCCAUCGCCAACGAGGUUUCGGAUGAAAUCACCACUACAAUCAAUAUUGAGUCAAGGUACCACCGCAACAUCAUUGGACCCGGUGGUCAGAAUUUGCGUGAUACCAUUGUCCGAGCUGGUGGUCCCUCGGAGUCUCGCGCUCAAGCAGGACUUGUUCAUUUCCCUCGUCAGAAUGAACCUGCUGAUGAAGUUCGAUUACGCGGGCCGAAAGCAUUGGUCGCCAAGAUUCAGGCUGCCCUGGAGCAAAUUACUGCGGACCUUCGUGACCGCGUUGUUCUUGGAGCUGUUGUUCCCGCUUCUGUGCAUCGUACAAUCAUUGGACGCGGCGGUCAGAAUCUUAACGAUAUUCAGGCCAGACACGGAGUGACUAUUCAAUUUCCUGGUUCAAGGUCCUAUCACUCAGCAGGAGACAUCUCAAACCAGUCCGAGCUGGAAAGCGUGGAUGCUGCUGAUGUUGUCAAAGUAAUUGGGCCCUCGGCUGCAUGCGGAAAGGCAAUCGAGGAGCUUGCUACAUAUGAUAAACCUGCCCCCGAGCUGAAGGAGAGAGCACACAAGUUCCAACUCGUCACUAAGACAGUAUCCGUACCACUCAAGUACCAUCAUGCUAUCAGUCAAGGUGGCCAAUUCUUCCGUGAUCUUCGCUCCAUUGGAGUCACUGUUGACCACUCCCAAGUGCCUGAGAAGCCCAACGCUAGUUCGAGACCCACAAAUGGCAAGAUCGCUCGCAUCGACGAUGAGACCACGGAAGAUGAUGGCGUGGAGUGGCAACUGGCCCCGAACUUCGGCAGCGCAGAUGAGGCCGAGGCUGAGUGGACUUUCAAGGCCCGUGACCAGGACGGUUUGGACAGAGCUUUAGAGCGGCUCGAAGAUGCGAAGGAGCAAGCCAAGCUUGCAUCUCACAUUGGUUUCCUCACCUUGGCAGACCGUUCCGUUUUCCCCCGUAUCGUUGGCACAAAGGGGGCGAAUAUAGCACGUCUUCGUGCAGACAUCGGCGCAGACAUCAUCGUUGGACGAGACGACAACACUAUUGUUAUUAUUGGGACCGAGGCGUCAGUUCUAGACGCAAAAACUGCAAUCUUGAAGAUUGUCAACAACCACAGGUAAACAGUAAUGACGCGAAUACCCGCUCACAUCAAAGGGACUAUCUUCAAUUGCUUUCGUAUGCAUAUAUUUCAUCUUUAUUAAAUUGUAUUGCAUUUUCUACAAGUGGAUGACAAUAAUGGAAUCCAACCCAGAUUUUGGAAGACACGUAAGGUAAACCAAACAAAUCAAUCAGACUCGUCCAUGGGAGUUCCGUCACGGCUUUCGGCGGUUUCCCUCAACUUCAAGCCCGUGGGUGAGCCAGUCGUUGGUUGGUCCCCUAGUGGUGUACCAUCCAGGUCCACCGGCUCGCCAUCAACGUCAAC